UUCGUCGAAAAAUCUUGUAGAAGGAGAGAUUUUGGAGGGGUUAAAUAUGGCUUCCAAGUUAGAGGAAACUCGUGAAGCUGCAGAAGAUGUUGAUUUGGAAAAUGUACCAAUUGAAGAAGUAUUUGAGAGUCUACAAUGUACCAGAAAUGGGUUAAGCUCUGAUGAAGUUGAGCAAAGAAUUGCAAAAUACGGAUACAACAAACUUGAGGAGAAAAAGGAGAGCAAGAUACUGAAAUUCUUGGGAUUUAUGUGGAAUCCUCUAUCAUGGGUCAUGGAAAUUGCUGCUCUCAUGGCUAUUGCUCUUGCUCAUGGAGGGGGGAAAGGACCAGAUUAUCCAGAUUUUAUAGGAAUAGUAGUGUUGCUGCUGGUAAACUCAACAAUCAGUUACAUAGAAGAAAACAAUGCCGGUAAUGCAGCGGCCGCUCUUAUGGCUCGUCUAGCACCAAAAGCUAAGGUCCUGAGAAAUGGGGAGUGGAAUGAAGAUGAUGCAAUAAGAUUGGUACCAGGGGAUAUUAUUAGCAUCAAACUUGGAGAUAUUGUACCAGCUGAUGCACGUCUUCUUAAUGGUGACCCUCUCAAAAUUGACCAGUCAGCACUUACAGGAGAGUCACUUCCAGUGACUAAACAUCCAGGAAAUCAAGUUUACUCAGGCUCAACAUGUAAGCAAGGUGAGAUUGAGGCCGUUGUUAUCGCAACCGGCAUCAACACUUUCUUUGGCAAGGCUGCUCAUCUUGUAGAAAACACCAACCAUGUUGGUCAUUUCCAAAAGGUUUUGACCUCAAUUGGGAACUUCUGUAUAUGCUCAAUUGCGGUUGGAAUGCUGAUUGAAAUCAUUGUAAUAUAUGCAUUGCACCAAAGGCCAUACCGCGUUGGCAUAGACAAUCUCCUCGUCUUGCUUAUUGGUGGGAUCCCUAUAGCCAUGCCUACUGUUCUUUCUGUUACUAUGGCCAUUGGCUCACAUCGCUUGGCACAACAGGGUGCUAUAACAAAAAGAAUGACUGCGAUUGAGGAAAUGGCUGGCAUGGAUGUGCUUUGUAGUGACAAAACUGGCACAUUGACACUUAACAAGCUAACUGUUGAUAAAAAUUUGAUCGAGGUAUUUGCCAAAGGUGUGGAUAAGGACAUGGUAGUGUUAUUGGCUGCUAGAGCGUCGAGAACAGAAAAUCAAGAUGCUAUUGAUGGUGCUAUUGUAUCAAUGUUGCCUGACUCUAAGCAGGCAAGGGAAGGGAUCAAAGAGGUUCAUUUCCUACCGUUUAAUCCAACUGAUAAAAGAACCGCGCUGACUUACAUUGAUGAAGCUGGUAAAAUGCACAGGGUUAGCAAAGGUGCACCAGAACAGAUUCUUGAGUUAGCUCAUAACCAAUCAGCAAUUGAACGUAGAGUUCAUACAGUAAUCGACAAUUUUGCUAAUCGUGGACUUCGUUCUCUUGGUGUUGCUCGCCAGGAAGUGCCUGAAGGAACCCAAGAAAGCCCAGGUGGUCCAUGGGAAUUUGUCGCGCUUCUUCCACUUUUUGACCCUCCUCGUCAUGAUAGUGCUGAGACCAUCAGAAAGGCUCUAGACCUCGGUGUCAGUGUUAAGAUGAUUACAGGGGAUCAGCUUGCGAUUGGGAAAGAAACAGGAAGGAGGCUAGGAAUGGGCACAAACAUGUACCCUUCUUCAACUAUUUUAGGUGACAACAAAGACAGAAGUCCUGAUAUGCCACCAAUCGAGGAACUAAUCGAAAAUGCUGAUGGUUUUGCUGGUGUUUUUCCUGAACACAAGUACAAUAUUGUAAAGAUACUGCAAGAGCGAAAGCACAUAGUUGGGAUGACAGGUGAUGGAGUGAACGAUGCCCCUGCAUUAAAGAGGGCUGACAUUGGUAUCGCGGUUGAUGAUUCUACUGAUGCUGCUAGAAGUGCUUCUGAUAUUGUUUUAACUGAACCCGGACUUAGUGUUAUCAUUAGUGCUGUUCUUACAAGCCGUUCCAUCUUCCAAAGAAUGAAAAACUACACGAUAUAUGCAGUAUCCAUUACAAUUCGUAUCGUGUUGGGAUUCAUGAUGCUAUGUGUAAUUUGGAAAUUUGAUUUCCCACCUACCAUGAUUCUAGUGAUUGCAAUCCUUAAUGACGGUACCAUAAUGACCAUAUCCAAAGACAGAGUGAAGCCGUCGCCGACACCAGAUCGAUGGAACCUCAAGGAAAUUUUUACCACUGGAAUUGUCCUUGGUAGCUACCUUGCUACCAUGACUAUUGUUUUCUACUGGGCAGCUUACGACACCAGCUUCUUCGCGGAAAAAUUUGGAGUAAGAGAUUUAAAUCAAUACAAACACAACUUAUCAGCUCCAGGAGUUGAAAAAGAUCUCAAGGAAAGAAUGGCAUCAGCUAUCUAUCUUCAAGUUAGCAUUAUAAGUCAGGCACUUAUCUUUGUUACACGAGCUAGGAGUUGGUCUUUCACCGAAAGACCCGGCUUUCUCCUUGUUGUCGCCUUCCUCAUCGCCCAACUGAUUGCUAGCAUAAUUUCGGCAGAAGCAAACUGGGAUUUGGGCGGAAUAAGGAAAAUUGGAUGGGGUUGGACAGGGGUAAUAUGGUUGUACAACAUUGUGACUUACAUGCUUCUAGAUCCUUUAAAAUUCGCGGUUAGAUAUGCAAUUAGUGGAAAAGCAUGGCAUCAAAUGUUCAAUAAUAAGACUGCGUUUACGGAUAAAAAGAGCUUUGGAAGGGGAGAAAGGGAGGCAGCGUGGGCAGCGGAAAGGUGGACGGAACGUGGUGGGAGGAGCUCUGAAGACAUGAAGGGUUUGUUUAGUGAGAGACGCUCUUUCCGGGAACUUCAUUCCAUGGCUGAAGAAGCUAAGCGUAGAGCCGAAAUUGCUAGGCUUAGAGAACUCCAAGGCAACAACUCAAGUAACUAGAGUGAUCUCCUAUUUCACUACUUCAGCACUAUCUAACUAUUAUGUGUAGAUGGGAUGAAUUACUCUUACUAACAAAUAUAUAUGUAUAAUUUGGUUUGUUACUUCGUAUAACAUUCGAAGUUUUGCUUAAUUUUUUAAUUUUUUUUAUGAUACGUUCGUUCAUUUUCUGACAUUUACCAAGUUAAUGGAGAUCAACUUUCAAUUCAUAUGAAGAACGUUAUUAUGUAAAGUCCUAAAGGACA